AACCCAUCCCCAUCACAAACCACAUGUUCGCGUCCGUAUACCCGUAAAGAAAUUUCAAAAAAAAAAACUUUAAUUUCCACUCCUAUUCUUCCCCGGCGCCGGGGACCACCGCCAGCGCCACCCGCUCGUCCUCCAGCGUCACCCCGGCACCCGCUCGUCCUCCGGCGGCGGCGGAGAUGGCGAGGCACGAGGCGUCGGCGUCCGCGGCCGCGGCUGUGCCGGGCGUGGACUUCCACCUUCCGGACGAGAUCCUGGCCGUGAUCCCCACCGACCCGUACGAGCAGCUGGACGUGGCGCGGAAGAUCACCUCCAUGGCCAUCGCGUCCCGCGUCUCCCGCCUCGAGGCUGACGCCACGCGCCUCCGCCGUGACCUCGCCGACCGCGACCGCGCCGAGGCCGAGCUCCGCGCCCGCCUCGCCGACUCCGACGCGCGCCUGGCUGCCGCUCUCGACGAGAACGCGAAGCUGGCCAAGGAAAGGGACUCGCUCGCCGCGACGACCAAAAAGCUAGCCAGAAAUUUGGCAAAGUUGGAGGCAUUUAAGAAACAAUUGAUGAAAUCGUUGAGUGAAGAUAAUCUAUUGCAACUGUCUGAAACCAGUCAAGAUCACAACGGAGAAGAUAAUUUGACAGCUCGAGUCCCGUCUUGGAAAGAUGAAGUUUCAAGCAGUAACACUUCUUCAGAUACCUCCAGCAGAUCCACAAUGACUGAAUCCGUCCAUGGUGGAGGAUACAAGUUCUCAAUCACAUCAUAUAUGCCUCCAAAAUUAACUCCUGGUUCAACACCUAUGAUUUCGUCCUCUAGUGGUUCUCCCCGAGCUUAUUCAACUGGCCCACCCUCUCCCAAGUUCUUAUCUGGUCCUACUUCUCCUACAAAAACUCGAUCCGAGAGCCAAUUGACAUUUUCAUCAUGGCAAGGAUCAUCAAGUCAUCAGUAUUCAGCACCUACCUCUCCUCCUCAACGCCAUUCGUUCACAGGGCGGCCACGUAUAGAUGGGAAGGAAUUCUUCCGACAAGCACGGACAAGACUUUCUUACGAACAAUUUGGAGCAUUUUUGGCCAAUAUCAAGGAGUUCAAUGCUCAGAAACAAUCACGAGAGGACACCCUGUCAAAAGCAGAAGAGAUUUUUGGAGCAGAACACAAAGACUUGUACAUUUCUUUCCAGAAUAUGCUUAAUCGCAACCAAUCAUGAGAAUUUGUCAGAAGCAGUAUUUUUUGUUAUCUCUAAAUGAAGCAGGGAAGAAUCUGUUGGAAUAAACGAUGCCCUUUCAUAGGUUCUCAAGAUCACAUUGUAGAGAUCUGUAUAGUCCACCUUAAUUUGAGGUGUUCAUUCCCAAUAAUUUGGAGCAGUGACUUAAAAGGAAAAAUCUCAUAACUACCGGAAAUUUGGCCAAACUCAUUCCCUGACAUUCAAGUCUUCCUACUUCUGUUGUAAAAAAAAAAGGGUCUCCCUGCUUGUGUUCUGCUGUAAAUUCGAAUGCAAAUGUCUUGAGCGUUGAGGUGCCUUCCCCAGUUCCUUUUGUAGAAAGCUGUAUAAAACUGUUCUUUGCAGUUCUAACUGCCAAGUGUAUGCGGAAUGGAUAUGAUAACGGAAAAAUUGUUCUGUAAUUCUGUACUGAGAUAUUCGAUGAACUAUGUGAUUGUGAUUUUUUGUUGGGUUA